AAAAAACCACGUCUGUGGAGAUUGCAUUUCAUUCCUCCAGCACGAUUUCCCCACACGACAUCUUCUCCUUCACCGUCUCCGGCCAUCGGUGAGCUGUGGCUUUUCCCUCUCCUCGUCUUCUUCGAAGAUCUCGCUUUUUCUUCACCGGGUUCGCCGAAUUCGAUCCCUUCUUCGAGUCUUAACGUUCCCUUUUCGUGUGAUUGGGCGCCUCUGAUCUCGAUUCUAGCUUCUGAGCGGCUCCACCAGAUCGACCCACGAGGAACACGGACGAAGUGAUAUUGAAUUUGGACCUGCAGAUCAUCACGAAGAAGCUUCGGGUUCUCAAUCUAAACAUCUGCGGAAUCGGAGCCUGGAGACGCGAUGGAGGUCAAACCUAAAAGGAGGACUGUUACUGAGAAUGGAGAGACAGGAGAAGAUUUAGUUCUUGCAACCAUGAUUGGAAAUGGCGAUGACAUAGGCCCUCUUGUUAGGCAUGCUUUUGAGAUGGGGCGGCCUGAGCCUCUUGUUCACCAGCUCAAACAUGUUGUGAGAAAGAAGGAAGUUGAAAUCGAGGAGCUUUGCAAGACCCACUACGAGGAAUUCAUUGUUGCAGUCGAUGAGCUCCGUGGUGUGCUAGUUGAUGCCGAAGAGCUUAAAAGUGACCUUGCAAGUGAUAACUUUCGGCUGCAGGAAGUGGGCAGUGGUUUGUUGGUCAAAUUGGAAGAGCUUCUCGAAUCUUAUGCCAUCAAGAAGAAUGUAACUGUAGCUCUCAAAAUGUCAAAGAUCUGUGUUCAAGCUCUGGAUCUGUGCCUUAAGUGUAACAAUUACGUGUCCGAAGGCCAGUUUUACGCUGCACUAAAGACCCUUGAUCUGAUUGAGAGGAACUACCUUCAGAUUAUCCCGGUUAAGAUUCUGAAGUUGGUAAUAGAGAAGAGAAUCCCAGUGAUCAAGUCACAUAUCGAGAAGAAGGCCUGCAGCCAAUUUAACGAAUGGUUGGUUCACAUUAGAAGUUCUGCCAAGGAUAUUGGUCAGACUGCUAUUGGCCUCACCUCUUCAGCUCGCCAGAGGGAAGAAGAAAUGCUGGAACGUCAGAGAAAAGCCGAGGAACAAAACAUGGUGGGGUUUGGAGAGUUAGCAUACACUUUAGAUGUCGAAGAUUCGGAACAAGAUUCUGUAUUGAAGUUUGAUCUGACGCCUCUUUAUCGAGCAUAUCACAUCCACACUGUACUAGGAAUCCCGGAGCGAUUCCGUGACUACUACUAUAAGAAUCGGCAAUUGCAGCUAAACUCAGAUCUGCAAAUUUCUGCAGCUCAGCCAUUUGUGGAAUCAUAUCAAACAUACCUAGCACAGAUUGCAGGCUAUUUUAUCGUGGAAGACCGGGUGGUUAGGACAGCAGGUGGGUUCUUGUCUUCUGACCAACUUGACACUAUGUGGGAAACAGCUGUUUCGAAAAUUGUAUCAGUGUUGGAGGACCAGUUUUGCGGCAUGGAUUCACCAACACAUCUACUUUUGGUGAAAGAUUAUGUCACUCUCCUUAGUACAACCCUUAGACAGUAUGGUUAUGAAGUGGGUCCUAUUCUUGAUGCCCUUGACAAAAGCCGAGACAAAUACCACGAGCUUCUUCUCGAAGAAUGUAGGCAGCAGAUCGUUACCGCUAUCUCGAAUGACACUUAUCAGCAAAUGGUAAUAAAGAAGGAAGCAGACUACGAAAACAAUGUCUUGUCAUUUGAUCUUCAGACAUCGGAUAUAAUGCCGGCUUUCACAUACAUUGCACCAUUCUCCUCUAUGGUACCCGAUGUUUGCCGCAUCAUAAGAUCAUUUGUCAAGGGAUCUGUUGAUUACUUGUCCUACGGGUUACACACCAACUUCUUCAAUGUUGUGAAGAAGUAUCUAGACAAGAUCUUAAUCGACGUCUUGAAUGAAGUUAUACUCGACACUGUUAGUAACAAUGCGAUUGGUGUAUCUCAAGCUAUGCAGAUUGCAGCAAAUAUAGCUUUCCUCGAAAAGGGUUGCGAUUAUUUUCUCCGGCAUGCAGCUCAACUAUGCGGGAUCCCAAGCAGAUCUGUUGCAAAGCCUCGAGCCAGUUUGGCAGCCAAGGUGGUCCUGAAAACAUCGAGAGAUGCAGCAUAUCUCGCUUUAUUGAAUGUUGUCAACACCAAACUGGAUGAGUUCAUGAGCCUUACGGAAAACGUCAACUGGACAACUGAGGAAAUCCCACAGGGUCCACACGAAUACAUGAACGAGGUUAUUAUUUACCUCGAGACCGUAAUGUCAACGGCACAACAAAUCCUUCCAAUGGAUGCUUUAUACAAAGUUGGAGUCGGGGCUCUUGAGCAUAUAUCCAACUCCAUUGUUUCGGCAUUUCUCAGCGACAGUGUCAAGAGAUUCAAUGCUAACGCAGUCUCGGCUAUCAACUAUGACCUGAAAGUGGUAGAAACCUUUGCGGAUGAGCGGUACCACUCAACCGAGCUGAGCGAGAUCUACAAGGACGGGAGCUUUAGAAGCUAUCUGAUUGAAGCUAGGCAACUGGUGAAUCUGUUGUCGAGCAGCCAGCCCGAGAAUUUCAUGAACCCCGUGAUUAGGGAGAGGAACUACAACACGCUGGAUUACAAGAAGGUGGCUACGAUCUGUGAGAAGUUCAAGGACUCUCCUGAUGGGAUUUUCGGUAGCCUUUCGAGCAGAAACACGAAGCAGACUGGCCGAAAAAAAUCGAUGGACAUUCUCAAGAAGCGGCUCAAGGACUUCAACUGAUGCUUCCAACUCUAGGACUGACAUUUCCCCUCGUCUUAAGCUUUUGCGUUCCCUGAUUUGAUUUCCGCUGUUUCUGUUUGAUCUUCCGUUCAUUGCCUUCGUUUCCGUUCUUUUCCUUCUUCUUCGUGGAUCAGAAGCCCGACUUGUGUCCUUUGCCCAUUUCAUUACAUGUUAUAAAUGACUAAACUUGUGAUGCUAGAAGAGAAGAAUGGCUGAUGAUGAUCUCAAUUGAUUGUCUUGAAAUGUGAAUGGAUUUGUAAACUC